GACAAUUUAUAACAAUGGCCCGGGACCCUGCGAGACAUGGCGAGCCUGGUUUGAUCUGAUUUUCUACUCUGUUGAUUAUAUUCGAGUGUCCUUUUUUCUUGUCUUGACCGUCUAUACCCUGGAGUUUUGUGCGAGACAUCCUAUUGGCAUCACACGUGUGUGUUUUUGUUGCGUACCUGAUCGACAUACUAUUACCAGAGCCUCACGGCAUCAGCUUUUCACAACCUCUUCUACGGAGACGCGCAGACGACCCAUCCCUGACUCAGAAAACCCUACGAGGUCGUCGACACUGUAGUAUUGCUACAAAGUAGAUAUCUCUACCUAUCAGUAUAUUCUUAUCCAUUGUAUAUUAUCCAGUAGCCUUGUCGCCAUGAAGGCCUCACCCCUGGCCGUUGCAGGCGUCGUCCUCGCAUCAACAGCCCACGCCCAAGUCGUCCAGUUCGACAUUGAGAAACGUCACGACGCACCGAGUCUUUGCAAACGAGACGCGACCAUCGACGGCACUCUGUCCAACCAAAAGGUUCAGGGAGGAUACUUUAUCAACGUCGAGGUCGGAACCCCGGGCCAGAACAUCACGCUGCAGCUCGACACAGGUAGUAGUGAUGUCUGGGUCCCUGCUUCGACAGCUGCCAUCUGCACGCAAACUUCACAAAGAAACCCCGGCUGCACUUUUGGAAGCUUCAACUCCGAUGAUUCCAGCACCUUUCAGGUUGUUGGAGAAAACCUCUUCGACAUCACCUAUGUCGAUGGCUCCUCGUCCAAGGGCGACUACAUUGAAGACACCUUCCGCAUCAACGGCAUAAACAUCCAGAAUCUCACCAUGGGCCUUGGUCUGGACACAUCCAUCGCCAACGGCCUGGUGGGAGUGGGAUACAUCAACGAUGAAGCGUCACUCGGCACAACCCGACAGACCUACCCGAACCUUCCCGUUGUCUUGCAGCAGCAGAAGCUCAUCAACACCGUAGCCUUUAGUCUGUGGCUCAACGACCUGGAUGCCAGCACGGGCUCCAUCCUAUUCGGCGGCAUCGACACCGAAAAGUACCACGGCGAUUUGACCAGGAUCAACAUCAUUUCCCCCGACGGCGGCAAAACCUUCACCGAGUUUGCUGUUAACCUGUACCAAGUCCAGGCUUCAAGCCCCAGUGGUACUGACACCCUCAGCACAAGUCAGCAGACUCUGACAGCUGUUUUGGAUUCGGGAACCACCCUGACCUAUCUGCCUCAAGACAUGGCUGAGCAGGCGUGGAACGAAGUUGGAGCUAGUUUCAGCGACGAGCUCGGCAUCGCAGUUGUUCCUUGCUCUGUCGGCAACAUCAACGGCCACUUCGCCUUUACCUUUGCCGGAGCCGAUGGUCCUACAAUCAAUGUCACCUUGUCUGAGCUCGUCCUCGACCUCUUCAGCGGCGGCCCCCCUCCCCAGUUCUCGUCUGGCCCCAACAAGGGCCAGUCCAUCUGCGAGUUUGGCAUCCAGAACACCACCGACGCUCCUUACCUGCUGGGCGACACGUUCCUCCGAUCUGCAUUCGUUACCUACGACCUGGUCAACAACGAGAUUGGAAUUGCCCCUACCAACUUCAACUCUACCCAGACCAACGUUGUUGCUUUCGCCAGCAGCGGCGCUCCUAUUCCAUCCUCCACCAGCGCACCAAACCAGAGCAACACUGGCCAUUCUUCAUCGACACAGUCCGGCAUGUCUGCUGCCAGUGGCUUCCAUGAUGGCGAUGAUGACAACGCUGCUUCCUUGACCGGCGCCUUUUCCGGCCCUGGAAUGAUUGUUGUCGGCUUGACUAUCUGCUACACUCUUCUCGGAAGCGCCGUAUUCGGCGUUGGGUGGCUGUAAAUUUUGCACAUCCGUCCAAAUUCGUCAACCCAUUGCUCGUGGGUGUUUAUGAAAUGUUGAAUUAAAAUGAUAUUGGGGCGCAAUGGUAUAUAACAUGGGAUUCUGUUUCUUUUUUUCUUACUUGUUUUUGCAUACAAAGCAAGCAUUCAUUGGAGUUGAGGCUGGCUUCCGAGACAUUCGCUACAAAAGAAGCGUUCAGAUACCUAAGUACAUAAGUACAUACACAUAGACAUGUAACUUGAAAGAUUACACAUAGUCAAAAUCAUCAUUAUCUGC